AAAAUCAAGAGUUGGUAAGAUAGAAAGAAGGAUAGUUUCUUUAUCAGUGAAAUAUAAAAAAAGUUUUCUAAUUUUAAGAAAAACAUAAUCUACUGGAUUAACUUUAGUUAUGAAUAAUAUUCUGCCUGUGCAUACAAUGUACUACCUGUUAAUCCAUACUCAAAUCCCUGGAAUAAUAAUAUCAUAUCGUUAAUUUAUAUUGAAGAAGAAUACUGUUCAACUAUUUUCUUCAAAAACACAGAACGUAUCAAAUUAACCAUUCAAACUCAAAUUCAAAAAACAAAAUAAUCAAGUUUACUAUUCUUCCAGUAAAACAACAAUUCCAGAUUGACAGUGUAAAACAUAACAGAAAUCGCCAAGAAGUAACAUCGUUCUGGAAAACAUUAAUUACCAAGUGGAUAGGGUUUAGAGUCAGAAUUAUUCUAUUUCUUCACUUAUUUCUACCUAACUUGAACUUUAAUAAUGAAGUUUUUUGAAUAUCUUCAAUAUAAAUGCUAUUACUGUUCAGACUGUAUGGCUUUCAUACAUAGUCCAGUUUCAUAAAUGUCAACAGGGUUUUCUGAGAAUCCACUUAGUGAUAAUGACAUUGUAGAAUCUAGUCAUUCACCUAUUGAACAGACUGAUUUCACACAGCAGUCAACAUCACCACCAUUAGGAGACAAAACAACACAGCAAUCAACUCCCCCUUAUUCAUUAUCGCCAAUACUACAACCAAUAGCAACAAUACUAACUGACACACAAGCAGAAACUCAAAAACCGGAAGAAACUCAACCUAUUCAACCAGAGUUUACUGAGAUAAUAACAGACAGAAAUAAAUUAGAGCAUUGUGUUGAGUUAGACUCCCCAACUAACUUUGUGUCGAACAAAUCCAGUCUAGAUAGAGAAAACUGUGAUAACAGUAUGACGAAUCAAGAUGACAGAGGAAAUAUAUCACCUAACUGGAUACCUGAGCAACGCUAUAAUGUUUAUACAUGUUCUACUACGACGCCAAGUUCACAAACGGUUUUACGGCUGAAGCAAUAUUAUACGAGUUUAGAAGAGUCAACAAAGCCAUGUGAAACUAAGGUUACUGAAACGAACAAUAAUAAUGGAAAUAGUCGUAAUGGAAAAUCACUUCGCAAAUUAAGACGCAAUACAUUCGACAGAUCAUCACACCGAUCAAACUCAAAAAAUAAUGGAGAACAAGCUGAUCACAUCGAAAACUUCAGUUCAUUUAAAGAUGAAAAGGUAAACACAUCUGUAGAAGAAAUGCGUAAAUUAUUUGAAUCUGGUCGCUUCACCGAUCAUAAUAAAAAACAAAUGGUUGCUGAAACAGUAGUGACAUCAAAAGAACAAAAUGAAAAAUCGAAUGAUUUAAGUAGUUCCAAAUCAUUUAAAGUGAUCAAAUCACUUCCUGAGAAUACCGUAGAAUUUCAUUCGCGUCCGCCAAAGUUUCGGACUCCUAGUCCUAAACCUUUUAAUCUACCGACACCACCUCCACUACCUCUACCACCAGCUAUGGAAUCCAUCAACAAAUCUUAUGAGAUGAAUGGUGUUACUAACAAUAAUAUAAGUAGUACAAAUAAAGUAAAGAAUAAAAUGAAAUGUAAAAAUAAAAAUUAUUCAUCCUGUUGGAGUCAACCUGCUAAGCCAAUAUUAUCAAUGAGUUUACCAUAUCGCUCACGAUCUUUGGCGAUUGACAGGAAAUCAGAACUAACUCAUGGUAACAGAGGAGGUUCUUUAUCUCGUUAUCGUGCUUGCUCAAUUACUCAGCGAUCACUAUCACCAUUACCCAAUACAUUAUCCUUUAAGGAUGAUCAGACUGAUAAGGCAGCUAAAAGUAAUUUUUCAAAAUCUUCAGAUUUAAAAUGUUCGAGAUUAAAUAAUUUUAUCGACACUAAUGCUAAGAAUACAGAGUUCGGAAAACAGGAGUCUAAUCACUCUACAGUCCAUUGUAAUGCCUGUAAUGUCAAGCCUGAUCAAAUUGUUUGUAUGAAUCCUUCAUCUACCGAUGGUGUGUAUGUUAGAUCUGCUGUAGUCUAUGAGCGUGUGAAUGGAAAACCUCUUUCGAAGGAGCCCAAAAACUUCAUUACGACGUAUGUAGUAUCUAAGUGGCCAAGUCCAAGUCAGGCGACUGUUCAGGCUACAAAUUUAUGGGUUGCAGAACAGUCUCUUCAACAAUAUGACCAGAAGUUGCCUACACCUUACAGAACACAAGCGUUGUCAAAACUCAAUACUACAGCUCAGUCUAGUGAAUCGAAAGAAAUCCAGUUAUAUCAUAGUAGUCCAGUUGAUAAUCUAGCCAAGCCGAAAAAAAAUACUAUACAGCAAAAAUAUCAGAGUUUGGUAGUUCAGCCAAGAAUUAAAUUUGAUCAGCAUGAUCAUACACGUACAUUCACUCAUACUAGGAAUAGAUCUUUGUCUCCACAACCGUUACCCACUCCACCUUCAACGGAAUUACACCCACAUAUAUUACGUUGUACUAGUGGUCAGUGCAGUCCAUCCCAUCAAAGUCGUAUAUCCCAAUCUUUCGUGGAUAAAUCCAAUAAUAUAGAUAAAGUGCAGCGAUCAACAUAUCACAGGCCUUAUUUAAGUCGUUCGUGGUCAGUAAAAUCACUAUCCCCACCACCACCUUUCCGAAGUCAGUGGCUUAGUUCUAUGAGUGCAUCAAGAAGCAGACAGAAAAUAUUUGAUAAAUUUCACAGCUUAACACGUGAUAUGUAUCCCAGAACCAAAGCAGAAUCAUUUUGUAAACAUCAUAGAGGUCGAGAACCAAACCAAGUAAUAAACUGCACCAAACACAGAAGUUGUAUUGAGUCAUACCGCAGGGAAAGUGCAAGACGUUUACGAAACCAUGAAAAGAGGGAUUGGGUAAAACGAGCAGAAGAGAUCAGUGAUGAUAGACAAAAAUACCAUGAACUUAGAGGAAGUUGGUCGCCACCAGUUAUGCGAAGUCCACCAAGUGCAACACCAAAUAAUAUGGAGGAACAUACGGAGAAGGAAAUUCAAAGAUACAUAAGACAGCAUUCCCCCCCAGCUCGGUCCCCUCGUGUCGCAAUUCCUAGGUAUUCAUCUUAUUAUCCACAAGAAUAUGUCAAAUCGUUAGAUAAAGGCAUACAGUGUGACAGUGUUGAAGCAGGAGGAUGUGCGUAUCAAGCAAUUGAUAAGUAUGCUGAUGACUGCAUAGACACUACUCCAAUCGCAGAAGAUUUUGAUAAAAAACGUGCAUAUUUUGAAGAGUUGAUCAAACUAAAUAGAAAUUUAGCUCAGUGUUCAUUUUGUUCUGACUGUUAUCACUGUUCACCUGGCCAAACACCAAAGCUUAGCGCCUAUUCAAGCUGGGACUCUGAGAUCAAUAAUUUAAACAGUCAGAACAAUUUAGUCAUAAAACGAGAUUUCCACUCUAAAGACCAGCCAAGUAACUACCAAUACAAUCGUCACCAACAAGAGAACCACUACGGAAAACAUCAUCAACGACAUAUUAGCCAUUUUCAAAAGCCUAACAAAAAUUCAGCUUAUAGUUGUCACGAGUACAAUCAUAAUCCGUAUCCUGGUACAAAACACCAUUAUAACAUUUACGGUACCAAUAAUAAUAGUAAUAAUAAUAAUAAUAAUAAUCACCACUUUACUCUGGGUGAACCUCAACAGUAUGCUUCCAAUACAUAUUUACCUUUCGAAAAUCCGGCCUUUGUAGAUCAUGAUACAAAUUAUUCCCGUUUAGAUAAAACUUUAAUGGACCAGCCCACCGUUAAUUCAAUAAAACAUGACUAUUACGCAAAGGCUAUUAACGCUAUGCCUAAAGUUGCCCCGAACCCACCUACGUACAGUAAUAAUAAUAAUAAUAGUAACUUUUACAACUAUCAAGAACCCUAUGAAUCAUUUGUCAGAUAUCGAAAUAUUUCUCCGUUACGUAUAGAACUAGAAGAUUCACCAAACCCCAUAUCACCAUAUAGCAAUCAGUUUAUGACUCAGCGCCCCUACAAAAUUAGGAAAACAGUUCAUUCACCACCGUGCAGAUUUGCCACUUAUACAGCAAAUGAAAAUUACAACUUAUCAAAUUAUCAAGAACAUCAAAAACAACGAGGUGAAUCUUUAGAAAGUUUACAUUGUGAACAGAAUGAUUAUCUAGACGAUCAGCCAAAAUUUUAUGGCAGAGUAAAACAAAUUGUUCAAGCACUUGAUAAACAAGCUGUAGAGUACAAUUCACGUAUUGAUUCAGUUGAGUCAAUAACUAGUCCUGAUAGACAUCAACCAUUAAGACGCAGUCACAGUGAUCGUUUCUCUUAUUUUAUGCCAAGAACAUCAUGGUAACG